UGGUCAACGGUUUAAAAUUGUGAAAAUGUUUUCGAUGGAUUCGUUCGACUUUGAGGCAGUGAUGAGCCGGCACCUAUUCGAGGGCCCGUCGGUACACCAGCAGCAACAGCCGUUGCACUUGCAGCACCCGGAUGGUGAUCACCAUUUACAUCACGCAAAUGCACAUCACCAUCAUCAUCAUCAGCAGUCGCAGCAGAACCAUCAUCAGCAGCACCAUCCGCAGCAUCAUCAACAGCAUCAGCAGCCGAGUCUUCAACAUCUGCAUCAGGCCAACAACGUAGACUCGACCACUUCGAACAGCUCGGACUUCUUCCUGGCCGACGACGAGAACACCACCGACAGUGAAUCGUACUGUGGCUUCAACAGCGACCAGGAGAACAAUGAUUCGAUCAAAGAUCUCUACGGAAACCGAACGUCGAAGUACCGGCGGCCCAAGUGCGCCUCACAGCAGGCUCAACAGCGCCAGGCGGCAAACUUACGAGAGCGCCGUCGGAUGCAGAGCAUCAACGAGGCGUUCGAGGGCUUACGGACCCACAUUCCGACCCUGCCGUACGAAAAGCGGCUCAGCAAGGUGGACACGCUGAAGCUGGCGAUCAGCUACAUUUCGUUUUUGGGUGAGAUGCUGCGCAAGGAUAAGAACGGCAAUGAGCCGGGCACGAACGGCGUCAAGCGCCAUCCGGUGAAGGAGCCACCGAAGAAGUUCAUCGUUCGCGGCGGCAGCGGCCAAACGCACUCCCUGUCCUGGCACCGGAAGGGCGACCGCAACGCGAACGGGCGCUACUUUGCGCGCAUUUGGCGCCCGGAAGAUCCGCGCAACAACCACCGGAACAUCGCUGCCGGAGGUCCUUCGACGUACGCGUCCAACGGUGUCUGUUGAGCAGACGAACCGACGCGACUCUCUAGUCAUAUACCGCUAGUCACACCGAAUG